ACAACUGGCCGCAAUGCUAGACACUUGACAGUUGUAACCCACUCGCAAUCGGAUUCGUAUUUACAUUUCCAUUUGACCAACAGACGAAUGGAUUUCCUCAGUUGCAUAAGCAACAAACGAAGUCAUGAGCAAGAGCAACAGCAAACUCACUUUUAAGCGUCACUCCAAGAGCAAUCCCGUCGACUAUGAGCGUUUGCAGCUGUCAGCUGCAGAUCCGAGUACAACAGCAGCAGCAGCAGCAACGGCAGCAGCAGCACCAACUUUUGCUCAAAUGGACAAAAUGCAGCUGAAGUUGAGUGCCAGCAAAAUAAAGCUGCAAGGAGCAGGCGCACAGGUGAAACAGUUCGAGCAGGUGCAACAGGUGCAGCAGGUGGAGCAGCAGCUAAUGCUGCUGGAGCUGGAUGCACUGCGUCGCAAGUCAGCCCCACAGCUGCUCAGCUUCAGCAUAGCACCUGUUCAGUUACCUGGCCAGUCUGCUAGCCAGGCAGUGCCACGUCUGCCUGCCUACGAAUCGAGCAAGUGCAUCCGACGUUCGCGCACUGAGCUGCUGGUCACGGAUAGCAACAGUGAUCCGAGCAGCAGCAGCUUAACGAGUUCCACUUCACCUGAAUCCUUGUUGGACAACAUUUUGAGUGAGGCUUCGGCGGUAUCUGUGCCAAGCACCAGCAGCGCAAGUGACAUAACUGUGGCACCACCACCUCCACCACCGCCUCCUCCUCCACCUUUACCUCCGCCUCCUUCUGUUCUACAUGCUUCGUCAGUUCAUCAGCUAAGAACUCCCAUGGUUCCGCCCCAGCCCAAGCGCCUACUUAGCCUUAAGUCUUCGCCAGAGCUACGCGUCUCACCACCCACACCUGAUCUGGAGGUGAACAGCUUGCUGCCUCCAAUAGCUGCUGUCGGUGAUUACUAUGACACCGCCUCGCAAGUCUCUCGCAGCUAUACACCCUCUCCCGCUGGUACGCCUCAAAUAUCGCCCUCGUCCAGCGUAAAUCUGCCUGCUCCAGCAACCAACUACGUCAACAUCAUUUAUCCAGAGGAACUGAAAUGCGCCAUCUGCAUGGAUGUCUACACGGAUCCACGUACUCUGCACUGCCUGCACUCCUUUUGCCUGCAGUGCUUGGUGAAUGCGAAUCUUCGAGAGGAGGCACUGUGGGAGGAGCGCUGCAGCUUUAGCCUGCUUCCCUCCACGUCGGACACGGCUAGCGAACUGGCCACCAUCUCACCAGCGAGGCAGCGCGGCAGCAAAAAGUCCUUGGAUCGUUUGGCAUUGAGGGGCAAGCGUUCGACUUCCGCCUGUUCCUCCAGCAUGCGCUUGAACAACAGCUUCGCGAGCGAUCCGGAAGCUGUACGUUGUCUACGUUGCCACAGCUGUCAGUUCAUCACAGAGCUGCCUGCUCUGGGUGGAGUGCGACAACUGCCACAGAACUUUCUGCUGGUGCGACGCAUUGAGGCACUGCGUCUGCAAGCGGGCGAGGAUGUCAUCUCGAAAGUCUGGUGCUCACUGUGCAGCGAGGAAAUUAGUGCCACCUAUCACUGCAUCAGCUGCACUCUCAAUCUCUGCUCGCUGUGCAAGGAAGCUCACGAGCGUCAGCGCAGCACCUCGAAUCAUCGCAUGCGGAACAUACUCGAGCUGCGACGGGCACGCAAGCAGAAGCAACAACAAUUGGGCUUGGGGGACAGCAGCCAGGUGCUGCUCAAGUGUGGACUGCAUGGCUUCGAGCUAAAGUCCUACUGCAUACCCUGCCAGCAGCUCGCUUGUCCCGAUUGCUUGGUGCUGCAGCAUCGUAACCAUCGCCACGAGACGGUGGCCAAGGCCAUGACUCAACUGCAGGUGUCCAAGAAGCUAAGCGAUGCCACGGAACAGACGCGUCCGCUUUGCCAAUAUGCAGAGCACUCGAUCGAACGACUGCGCGAGAUAACGCGCAGCAUCAAUGCUAGAUGCGACGACAUUCAGGCCCAGGUGGAGAGCUAUAUGAAUCGCUACUUUGAAGCCCUGCAGGCCCAUCGCAACACGCUGCUGCAGCAGGUCAAUCGAGCCAGGGAGUCCAAGGUGGAGCUCAUCAUCAAUCAGCAACUGGAAUUGGAGAAACGCACGCAACAGGCGAUGGAUGCGAUACGCUUUGGCCAGGAGCUUUCCGACAUUGGAGCCGAUGUUGAGAUACUAAGUUUUGCACGCAUUCUACUAAAACGUUUCGAGUACUGUCAACAGUUUAAGCCGCCCGUCGAUCCCAAGAUUUCCGAUUCGCUGCAUUUUCUAUCAAAAAUCCGCGCGCCUGGCACUAAGGAACAGCAUGAUAUACCUCUGUACGGCAUAAUUACGAUGCAAACGGUCGAACCUUCGCUGUGCGCCCUUCAAUGGGAGGGUUUUUCGCAGCUGCGCCUGCAUAGGAAGGUGGACCUGCAACUGCUCACACGCGAUGCAGAUGGAGUGGCGCUGUGCCAUGGCGGAUUGGAGAUCAAUUGCAUGAUUAAGUACAAGGAUGCGAAUGUGAAGUAUUUGCCCAUCGAGGUGUCCGAUCAUCGCGAUGGCACCUACAGCAUCUCCUUCACGCCCGACACACAGGGCACCUUAAUCCUGAUGAUCUCUAUCAAUGAUCGGCCCAUAAAGGGUAGUCCCUAUACCUUUCACUCGCGUCAAGUGCGUCCUCAUAAUGGAAUCUAUCACUGUUGUGCUUUCUGCUCCGGCAAAGGCAACAAGAGUGUUAAAUGCUCCUGCGAAGGACGCAUGCCCGGCUACAGCGGCUGCGGACAUGGCCACGCAGGUCAUCCUGGACGCCGGCAUUGGUCGUGCUGUGGCAAUGUCCUGGAGAACUCCGAAUGCAGCGUAGCCAACAAGCUGCUGAAUCCCUAGAAUACCGUGUCCGCA